GUGCGUUUGUGUGUUGCAGAUGAGCAUUUGACAUCCAUUUACGGCUUUUUGCAUUAGCUGGAGCAUCUCAUGCCAGUUCCGCUCCGCUGUAAAUGCAUUCGCACUACAGGAAUAUGGCAUUCGCCACGCGAUUUGUACGCGGCUUGAAGUCUUCUAACGCUAUUCAACUGCGGCAAUGUUCACAAAUACUACAGCACCAGAAAUUGCCGCUGGUUGCAGCCACAAGAGGAGAGGCGCUCAGUUCUGAGUCUCACCAGGACCACAUGAAAGCAUACGGUGAGGAGCACAGACGUUUCCACUCUGCGGAGUACGAGAGAGUGUUCAAGCGCGCCAUCGACCAUCCGGACGAGUUCUGGGGCGAACAGGCGGAGAAGUUGACUUGGUUCCGCAAGUGGGACAAGGUUCUUGAUGAUUCCGAUUCUCCCUUCACUCAGUGGUUCGUCGGAGGCGAGAUGAACACCUGCUACAAUGCUGUGGAUCGGCACGUCGAGCGUGGUUUCGGUAACCAGGUCGCCAUCAUUCACGACAGCCCCGUAACCAAGAAAGUAGCCAUGAUCUCCUUCAGGCAGCUGCAGCAGAAGGUGGCGCGCCUGGCCGGCGUGCUGGUCAAGCACGGCGUGCAGAAGGGAGACAGAGUGCUCAUCUACAUGCCCAUGAUUCCUGAAGCCGUCAUCACGAUGCUGGCGUGCGCUCGCAUCGGCGCCAUUCAUUCGCUCGUGUUUGGCGGCUUCGCUGCUCGUGAGGUUGCUGUGCGCUUGAACCACGCGAAGGCGGUAGUUGUAGUAUCAGCAAACUGUGGCGUGGAACCAAGUAGAAUUGUCAAUUAUAAGUCGAUAGUCGACGAGGCCAUAGAAAUCUCAGACCACAAGCCCGACAAGUGCAUUAUCUUCAACAGGCCAGAGAUGGAGGACGCCCCGCUGAUACCCGGACGCGACCUCUCCUGGGAAGAGGAGAUGGAGAAGGCGCGGCACCACGAUUGCAUUCCUGUUCUUGCCACCGAUCCCAUCUACAUCCUGUAUACGUCUGGAACCACAGGAACACCGAAGGCUGUGGUAAGGCCAAGUGGUGACCACGCUGUUGUGCUAAACUGGAGCAUGGAAGCGCUGUAUGGAAUCAAGCCUCAUGAAGUGUGGUGGGCAAACUCGGACUUGGGCUGGGUUGUCGGCCAUUCGUACAUUUGCUACGCUCCUCUGCUGGCUGGUAACACAACGGUAAUUUACGAGGGCAAGCCCGUAGGAACGCCAGAUUCGGGCGCCCUCUUCAGGGUGAUUCACGAUCACGACUGCGCUGCGAUGUUCAUUGCUCCUACGGCGCUGCGAGCCGUCAGGAGAGAGGACACGGAGAUCCAAAUCGGCAGCCGAUACACACUGAAGAAGCUUCGAAGCCUGUUUGUUGCCGGUGAGCACUGCGACCACGAGACGUUGGACUGGGCCAAGUGGGCAUUCCGCGUUCCUGUGCUUGACAACUGGUGGCAGACGGAGACGGGGUGGGCCAUAACAGCCAGCUGUGUGGGGCUGAGAAACAGCCUGUACCCUCCGCACGGUGUGAGCGGCAUGCCGGUGCCGGGCUACAACGUGAAAUACUCGACAAAGUGGAAAUGAGUUGGGGCCAGGGGAGCUGGGUCAGAUCUGUGUCAAGCUAGCACUUCGCCUAGGCAAUUUCGUCAACACUUCGUGGG